AUGCUAGCAGUGGUAAUAUUACUAAUAUUAACGAUUCAUGCACAAAAAUCUAUUGCAAUCACUUGUUAUAAAUGUUCAAGUGAUGGCGGAGAAGAUUGCUUAUCACGAAGUACAUCUUGCUCAUAUGGUUUCUUUGGUUGCAUCAAAACAGUUACAUAUUCGGGAGGACUUGAUAAAAUGGGUAACAAUGAACCAAAUCUCGAAAAACGAAUUAUUUCAAUGAAUCGAGACUGUACAAUACUUCCUAUUACUGGCGUCGAUAUUUGCCGUCAAGUUUCAUUUCUUGGCUAUCGUCUUCAAACGUGCUAUUGUUUCAAUGAUUUUUGUAAUUGUGCCUCAUUGAGGACACUUUUAUUCUCUUUUUUAUUUAUUGUUAUUUUUCAUAUUUUUUAUUUAAUACUACUAUAA